AUCUCUAUGAAGUGUUCUGGUUAUGUAAGAUUGUAAUUUGUAACUGAUUGUGUUGUUAGCUUACGAGUUCAGAAGGCUCAUGUCAUGUAAUGUGUUCUCUUGUACUUUAAUUUUAUGAUCCGGCUUCUAGCUAAGCUUGUAAUUGCUGUAUGUAACUCUUUGGAACUCAAUUCGGUUCUGGCUUCAGUGCAAAUAAUAUGAAAAUUUAACUUUUUCAAAAGAAACAUUUCAUCACACGCCAGAGUGAAGAUUGCUUUCCAACGUGCUCGCACAUUAUUACAAUUUGAUUAUUGCGACGUAUGAAUCCACAUUAGGCUCAUGCAUCUUAAGACUCGCAUUGUUCUUUCUGAUGUUUUAUGAUGUUUUUGGAUGUUCAUUCACCAUUCACUAUUUCACUUCAUCUUUCAUUAUAGACUUAUAGUUGGUGGACUGAUGGAAAUCAUGAAACUGCAGCUGGAAAAGGAACGAAUUAGUGACAUUGUUGUUGUUAUAGAAAUGAUUUACAAUUUUCAACUUAAAUUUUUGUAUCAAUGCUAUUUUCUUGAUUUAAUAAUUUUGUAAUUAUUAUUUUACAAAAAGUGUCUCAAACUCCGCCAUUAUUAUUCCUUUUCCAUCUUUAGUGAUCACAUCUACACUGUUUUAGCCGAUCAGAUCCAAUUAUUCGAAAUCUUUUGAGCUCAUUCUCUUUGGUUUACACUUGAGAAUGUCAUUACCAACUCACAUGUGACUUUAAAUCCAAUAAUUCGUUAUGCUUUUGUCCAAAUUAUUCUUGGAUUAUCUAUUCACUAUGGUUUUACCCAAUUUCUUUUUGAAUUAUACUUAGUCACGUGGGUAUCUUAUUCCUAGCAAUAUCGAAAUGUUAAUUUUCCAGUAACCAAGAUUCGAUCUCUGGUGGUUUCACCGUAUUAAACUUUUUGCCCUCAAGUUAAUUAUCACUACCAUGCCACAAGUCCUGGUUGGUUUUGCCCAACAUUUUGUACUUACAAAGUUUCUUCAAAAUCAUCAGUGUUUUAUAAGUUUUCGCAGCAGUGCUCGCUAAUCCAUUAUCCAACAAUCAACAUGCGUCGACGAUGAAGCUUCAUAGUUAACGGUUAAUUGUUUUUCGAGUAUUCAUAAGUAAUUGUCUAAAACGGUAAUUUAGCAAAAAAAAAUUGUCUAAAACGAUAACAAUUUGAACAUGUUUACGUGCAUUUCUGUCGCGCAGGUGGAGGAGAUCAUGAGAUUUUGUUAUAAUGAUGAAAAAAUAAAAGAUUGUCAUUCCACCCUCUUUACAAUAUUCUUUUCCAAAAAAAAAGAUGUGUCUAAACUUCUCAUGUUAUAGUACUCUGUGUUUCAAAUCAGAAAUUUAAGUAAAGAUAUGGCAACCCUUUUUUUUUUUUUGAAAGAAUGCAACCCUAUUUUCUAAAAGAACUAGAAGAAAAAUUCGGUGAUUACUAUACUAAUCUCCUUUUCCAUUAUAAUCAACUUUGAUGCUGAGAGCCUCUGAAGCCAGUAGCAAGAUAAUAUGCAUUAUAAUAAGAACAUGUUGUAGCUUUAACUGAAGCGUCACAUGUGAGCUUGUGCAAAGAAAAGUACCUCCUUAAAGAUGUAGAUUUUUGUAUAUUAUAUAGUAUGUUCUUUAACCAAAAAUAAAAUAAAAUGAAUCAUAAAGGAAAUAACUGAAAGAAUAUAACUGAUUGAAAGAAUAAAAUCAUAAUUCUAAAUCAUAUGCUAUCACAUAUAUGAUUUUCUGAAUAAAUUUUUUUUCAAGGAAUCCCCCGUAAGUGAAAUUUUGGAAUAAACCAUUUUUACACAUACUGAAGAAUUUAUCUACUGAAAACUUAAAUCUUCUCCUAAGUAUUUGGAAAUUCAUUUUACGAGCAAAUAAAUCAAUCUGGAUUUUGAUAUGUAAUCAAAUAAAUUCUCUUAUUUGGCCAAUUUCUAACCAUAAAAUACUUAGCUAAUUACACACAAAUUUAUAAUUUUAAAUAUCCCAAUAUUUCAGUAAAAGUCACAAAUGGUAAAGGAUAUCUAAGAUUUGACGUUUUGUAUUUUUUUCUUUGAUUUGAAAAGUCGUUGAAAUUUUUUCAAAACCUUAUAGUUUAUAUUACAUAUAUAAUAGUAAACUUCAACUUAAUACUAUUCCAAAUAACACGUAACUGUGGAACAUGUAGGAGUAAUUUACUAAUUUGAAUAUAGCAAUACUAAUCCAAUAAUAAGCCGUUAAACAUAAGGACAUGUCAACCUUUUUUUUUGUCGCUGUCCAUAUUACCAAUGCUACCAGACAAUCAACAUUUUGCACAAUGACUUUUCUUUUUGUUAUAGGUGAAUAUACUCCAUCUAUUUCAUUUUAAUUGUCAUUCUUAAUUUAUGUAUACAAAUUAAUAAAAUAUAAUAUGAUUUUAUAUAUUUUCAAAAUAAAAAUACAAUUACUUAUACAUCUAACCAUAUUUCAACCAAUACAAAAAAAAAAAAUUUAUUACUAAAUUUUACAUUAAAUUUUUAAAAUGACUGUUAUUUUGGAAUAAUUUUUUUUCUUCUUACGAUGACAAUUAAAUCGAAAGGGAGAAAAUACACGAUAACAAUUUAAAACCAGAAACGAAAAGGUAACAAAUUUAUCAUAUUAUUGAAAAGUUAAAACCAAAUUUAUUUUAGUUCAUUAGUAUGACUCUGAUUUCGAGGAACGUGUGUUUGACGACAAAGCUCCUUUGAAAUAUAUAUAUAUAUAUAAAUAUAUUCCAUUAGAAACCACUUAAAUGUUUUUAUUUUGCUAAUCUCUGAAGCUGAGAACUCAAAAACAAUCACAAAGAUGAAGAACUCUCUAGCGUGCAAGCUCCUGUUCUUAAUUCUGACAAUAGCUUGUAAGAUCCAGACACAAGUGAAAUGCUUGGAGUUCGAUUUCCCUACGUUUGAAGCAAGCAAUGACUCAGACUUGAUCAAAGUCAACUCAUACAUCGUCCUUGGAGCGAUCCAAGUGACUCCUGAUACCCGUGGCGGCUCCCUCACGAACCAUGCAGGCCGCGCUCUCUACAAUAAGCCUUUCAAGCUAUGGAAGAAAGACAAGAAAGCUACGUUCAACACAACUUUCGUCAUCAACAUCUCCAACCAAACCGACCCUGGAGGCGAAGGCUUAGCGUUUGUUCUCACACCGGAGACGACCGCUCCUCAGAACAGCUCGGGUAUGUGGCUAGGUCUGGUCAACGAGACAACAAACAGAACUCUCGGGUCAAAGAUCGUUGCGGUUGAAUUCGACACAAGGAAGAGCCACCCGGAUGAUCUUGAUGGAAACCAUGUGGCUCUAAACGUGAAUAACAUCAACUCUGUUGUUCAAGAAUCCUUGACCGGACGAGGAAUCAAGAUCGAUUCUGGUGUGGACUUUACCGCGCAUGUGCGGUAUGAUGGUAACAAUCUAUCGGUUUACGUCUCAAGAAACAACUCGGAGGUAUAUAAUCAAAAAAACUUAGUGUUUUCUAGGGCUAUAGAUCUCUCAGCUUCUCUUCCAGAGACGGUUUACGUUGGAUUCACGGCAUCGACAAGCAAUUACACGGAGCUGAACUGUGUCCGGUCAUGGAGUUUUGAAGGUUUACAGAUAGAUGGAGAUGGAAACAAGUUAUGGCUUUGGAUUAUUCUCCCUAUUGUGUGUCUUGUUGUAAUAGGAGCUAUUUUAGGGUUACUGUUCCUGAGAUCUAGGUCAAGGGCAGGGGAAACAAGCCCUGAUAUAGAAGCUGAGCUAAAUAACUGCGCGACGAACCCUCAGAAGUUCAAGCUGAGAGAGCUGAAGAGAGCUACAGGAAACUUCAGCCACGAGAACAAACUCGGACAAGGCGGGUUUGGGAUGGUGUUUAAGGGGAAGUGGGAGGGUAGAGACAUAGCUGUGAAGCGAGUCUCCGAGAAAUCUCAUCAAGGGAAGCAAGAGUUCAUAUCCGAGAUCACGACAAUCGGUAGCCUGAAUCACAGGAACCUGGUGAAGCUGUUGGGAUGGUGCUACGAGAGGAAGGAGUAUCUUCUUGUUUAUGAGUACAUGCCUAACGGAAGCUUGGACAAGUACAUUUUCUUGCAAGGCAAGUCAAGAUCAAACCUAACUUGGGAGACAAGGAAGAACAUUAUAAGAGGGCUUUCUCAAGCGUUGGAGUAUCUUCACAACGGAUGCGACAAGAGGAUACUUCACAGAGACAUCAAAGCGAGCAACGUGAUGCUAGACUCAGAUUUCAACGCGAAGCUCGGCGAUUUCGGGCUUGCAAGGAUGAUACAACAAAGCGAGAUGACGCACCAUUCGACAAAGGAGAUCGCUGGAACGCCAGGGUACAUGGCUCCAGAGACUUUCCUCAACGGGAGAGCGACUGUUGAGACAGACGUCUAUGCCUUCGGAGUUCUAAUGCUUGAAGUAGUCUCUGGCAAGAAACCGAGUUACGUGUUGGACAAGGAGAACCAGAGCAAUUACAACAACAGCAUUGUGAACUGGCUGUGGGAGCUAUACAGAAAUGGAAACAUUAUGGAUGCAGCAGAUCCGAGAAUGGGAAGUUCGUUUAAUGUAGAUGAGAUGAAGAGUGUUUUGCUCUUAGGACUAGCUUGUUGCCACCCGAACCCGAACCAAAGACCGUCCAUGAAAACGGUCUUGAAGGUCUUGACGGGUGAGACCAGCCCACCAGAUGUGCCUACAGAGAGACCAGCUUUCGUGUGGCCAGCCAUGCCACCAUCGUUUAGUGACGUUGACUACUCUCUUACAGGGAGUCAGAUUAAUUCAGUCACUGAGCUAACUGGCCGGUGAUACUAGUUUGUUCAUCAAGAAUUCAUUUUAUUUUCCUACUCAUCUAAAUAGU